AUGUUAAGAGUUUCUCAUCUGACACCAAUAGCGCCUCCAGCUCUCAGUGCUCUUAGACUAUCUCUGAGCCCCACUCUCAGCCUCCUUUCUCCUUCCAACGUUCACAAAGUCUCUACUUUUGCACAUUCUCAGACUUCUCUCUCCCUAAUCUUCAGACCCAGUUCCCUACAUUCCCCUUCUUUGAGCGUGAAGUGGGUUCUGCAGCGUAUGGUUGGCAAUCCAUGUCCCAAGAGUACAGCUUCGUUUAGUGCUGAAAGUAGCUCUGGAGAUGGAAGGGAAAUAUUGGUGCAGCACUUGCUUGUUAAAGAAGACAACCUUAAGCUUCUUGUAGAUCUCCAGCAGAGAGUUUCAGGAGGUGAAGACCUCAGUGAUCUUGCUGCGGAAUACUCAAUAUGUCCAUCCAAACAAGAGGGGGGAAUGCUUGGCUGGGUGAGGAAGGGGCAAAUGGUACCUGAGUUCGAGGAGGCUGCAUUUAAUGCAUCUUUGAAUAAAGUUGUAAGGUGCAAAACAAAAUUUGGGUGGCAUUUACUGCAAGUACUGUCAGAGAGGGAAGAAUCAGUACUCCAAGACAUUCAACCUGAGGAGCUUCAUGUGAAAAUGCAAGAUCCCAGUUUCCUAGAUGAGGCCCAGUUGAUUGAUGUUCGAGAACCUGAAGAAGUGGCGCAAGCUUCUUUGCUGGGUUUCCAGGUUCUUCCCCUUCGAAAAUUUGGAAGCUGGGGACCUGAAAUAACUAUGAAGUUUAAUCCUCAAAAGGAUACUUAUGUUAUGUGUCACCAUGGCAUGCGAUCAUUACAAGUUGCCAAGUGGUUGCAGACACAGAUACUACCUCAGUGCUGA